CGCGCGGCAGCGGCCGUUUGAAUGCUGGGCGGGGCGGCCUGGCUGGGAGAAGCGUUACUGACAGAGGUCCAGCGAGCGCAGGGAAAGAUACCAGCUGUCAUUCCCACCCUUGAAUCAAGCAUAAGCAUCAUGCUACUGCAGCCUGUGGCUGCAGUAAACACUGUGGAAGAGCAGAGGGCUCGCUGGGAGAGGAAACGUAGCCGGACAGCCAAGGAACUGGUGGAAACGGAGCAGAAAUACCUGGAGCAGCUGGACUUGGUUACCACAUAUUUUGUGACAAUUCUGAAGGCCAAAGGGACACUGCAGCCAGCUGUGCGGGAAGGCAUCUUCGGGCUCCUGGAAUCCAUAUAUUGCACCAGCCAGAUUCUGCUGCUUCACUUGGAGAGAGGGCACUUGGGGCUAGGAUUGGAGGGUUUCUGUCAGAAGCUGGAGCUCUAUGGCCACUAUGCUGAAAACUUGGAGCAAGCUAAGAAAACCCUGCAGGAGCAGGUGAAGAAGAAUAAAGCAUUUUGCCGGUUUAAGAAGCUUCAAGAAUCUCGACCUGAGUUCCUGGGAUGGCAGUUGGAGGAUCUGCUCCCUCUGCCACUGCAGAGGCUCCAUCAAUACAAGCACAUGUUCAGAGACCUGAUGGAGAACACCAGCCCGGAUAGUGUGGAGUUCCAAUACCUUGCAAAAGCUGUGAAAUCUGUUUCUGACGUGUCUCAGUGGGUCCACAGCACAAUUCGCAGCCAUGAGAACUCAAUGCAACUGCUUCGGGUCCAGAAACUUCUCAAAGGACAGAAGACCAAGGUGCUGACUCCAGAGCGCUGGUAUAUCCAAGAAGGCUGGCUCAUGGUGGUGCCCACAAAGGGUGAAGAAGUGAAGCGUAAGAUGUUCUUCCUCUUCUCCGAUAUCUUGGUUGUGACGAAGCCCUGCCACCCACUGCAUCCCCGGAAUUCAGACAAGUUUUCUUGCCAGGCAGUCUAUCCACUUAGCCAGUGCACAGUGGACAAAGUGUUUGGCCAUACCCAGAGCCAAGGAGGGCUGCUCAGUCUCUCCUUUCCCCACAAGACACUGCUGCUGAUGUCGAGCAACCAGGAGGAUAUUAACAACUGGUAUCUGAAUAUGACAACUGCUAUCAGGCAGCUGAAAGCCAGGCCCACCUUUGUACACCAGAAGGAAUACCUGACAGAACAACCUGUCAGCUCAAGAGAUACCCACACAGUCCAGGAAAUAUGCCAGAAUUUAUGAGAGCAAAGGUGUGUGUCAAUGUUUCCUCUGAUUUUUUAUGUCCAUAUACGGAAUUAAUUUUAAGUGUACCAAAAUGGAGGUGAUGUGUGGCAGGGAUGGGGCUGAGGGCUUUGGAGUUUGGGAGGGGGCUCAGGGCUGGGGCAGAGGGUUAGAGUGUGGGUGGGCGAGGGCUCUGGAGUGUGGUCAAGGAUGAGGGGUUCAGGAGGGGGCUCAGGGCUAGGGCAGAGAGUUGGAGUUCAGGCUCUGGCUGGAGUUGUGGGCUCUGGGUUGGGGGGUUCAGGGUGUACGCUGCCCUGGGACUGCAGUAGGGAGAAAGGACUCCCCCCAGCUGUCUCUCAGCAUAGCAGCUUGGGGCUGGGGAGAGGUGCCUCUCCCCAGCCGUGAUGGCUCCAGUGGGGCACCUCUGCUGCGUGGUCAUGCAGCUUACAAGGAACUUAGGUGUGUGUAUUGUGGGAAUACACCAAAAGUGGACCUGUGUGACAGAUGAUACCCUUGUAUUCAGACCCUACACACUACUGUAAUAAUGUUUGUACAAGUAUGCCUUUUAAGGUAUCAUUUAAAAACUUGUAAUUUGAUGAUUAGUAGGAUCAUGGCAGAAUGCACGCAACAGCAUUAUAUGUGACGUUACAAGUAUAAGCUGAGAUUGUGAUUAUAAAAGUAUAUUUUCCAGAUCCGUUUGGGGAGUGGCCAAAGCAGUUCAUCAGAGAUACCUCAGCCAGGUGUAAACAAGGCUGAUGGACAUUACCUGCUAAAUGGCCAUUCUUUGGCAGGAAAGGGGAUGGGCAAAAAUCCGUAUCUUAGCAAAAAAACAGCAUAGAGUUCCUUCCACACAAAUGGCCUGUCACCUUGCACCCAGCUGGAAAUGCUCCCAAAGAGGGCAGAGAACUCUCUCUCCCUUCCCAUCGCAUUUUCUGCAUCUGACAAAACAAAGGAAGCAGCCGAUGGACUCUGGGCGAGGGGCCCUUAUGUAAAGAGUUUGGUCAGCAAGACUGCUGAAAGCAUGUGGUGAGAAAUCUUUGUUUUGAAUAUAAUCUGUUGUUAGGCACCAGGGAUUGUUUUAUUUUUCUUGUAACCAUUUCUGACUUUUAUGGCUCAUUACUUGUACUCACUUAAAAUGCAUCUUUGUAGUUAAUAAACUUGUUUUAUUGUUUUAUCUAAUCCACUGUGGUUUGUUGAAAUGUUUGCAUAGCUAUUUAAAAUAAUAAACUGACAUUGUUAUUCCUUUCAGGAAAUAGACUUAAUAUAUUUGUACUGGGCAGUAUAAGACUGUAACAGUCCCACUCUACCCCCAUCUUCUUCCCUGCAGAAACUACACAAGCUCCACCAGCUGUGCAGUCAGUGAUCUUUUAUUUCUAGUUCCCAUCACAGUCCCUAUGAAAUACAGUAACUCCUCACUUAGUAUCAUCCUGGUUAAUGUUUCGUUGCUGAUCAAUUAGAGAACAUGCUCAUUU